GCGGGCUGCUGAGGCGACGGCGGCGGCGGCGGUGGUUUCGUGAGGCGGCUUUCUGAGGCGACGGCCGUGAAGAUGAUGCUGGGCGACCCGGCCUUGGAGGAGCCUCCUCCGGCGGCGGCUUCGGACCUGCGGAGCGAGCUGGGCUCGCACCUGCACCUGCUGAAGGGGCUGAACGUGCGCUUCCGCUGCUUCUUGGCCAAGGUGCACGAGCUGGAGCGCCGCAACCGCCUGCUGGAGAAGCAGCUGCAGGCCGCGCAGGUGGGCGAGCGCGAGCGCCGCCUCCGCUACCGACGCUUCCCGAGGCACCAGGCCGUCCAGACCGACCCGGAGCCUCCGCUCGGGCCUGCCUCCCUCGCCCCCGCCCCCUCCUCGGCUUCUUCAUCCUCCUCAUCCUCGGCUGCUUCUUCUUCAGCCUCGCCUUACGGCCGCCUGCCCGGCACUAUCUGGAGCUACACCCAGGUGCGCCGGACGGGCGGAGGCGGCCUCGAGACCCUGCAAGGGCCCGGCGUCUCUUGGGUCCACCCGGACGGCGUGGGCGUCCAGAUCGACACCAUCACGCCCGAAAUCCGCGCCCUCUACAACGUCCUGGCCAAAGUCAAGCGAGAGAGGGACGACUACAAGGGCAGAUGGCAAGAGGAAGUGACCAAGCGGAUGCGGUUGGAAUCGAUGGUGGAGACGCUGCAAGAGGAGGCGCAAGAAGCCGAAGCUCUCCAGGAGGAGCUAAAUGAGAAGAUCGAGAGGCUCAAAGCCGAACUGGUGGUCUUCAAGGGUCUGAUGAGCGACCCCAUGACCGACCUGGACACAAAGAUCCAAGAGAAAGCCAUGAAAGUGGACAUGGACAUCUGCCGGCGUAUUGAUAUCACAGCCAAGCUGUGCGAUGUAGCACAGCAGCGCAACUCGGAAGACGUUUCCAAGAUAUUCCAGGUGGCCUCCAAGAAGAAGGAGCGCCGGUUCACGUCGGAAGAAGACGUGGCCGAGCCGGACACGGACAACGCCCGCUUCUCGGAGGAGGACGUCAGCUGCUCUCUGAACAUCACCGACGAAAUGAAGAGGAUGUUCAAUCAGUUCAGGCGGGAGAACUUCGAUUUUGAUGACGACUGCGACAGCUUGACUUGGGAGGAAAACGAAGACACCCUCCUCCUGUGGGAAGACUUUACCAACUGCAACCCGACCGUGGAGCUCCAAGGAGAGCAAGAGGAGAACCUGGGGAACUUGAUCCAUGAGACAGAAUCUUUCUUCAAAACCCGAGACAAAGAAUAUCAAGAAACGAUAGGACAGAUCGAGCUGGAACUGGCCACUGCCAAAAGCGACAUGAACCGCCACCUUCACGAGUACAUGGAGAUGUGCAGCAUGAAACGGGGCCUGGACGUCCAGAUGGAGACCUGCCGGCGGCUAAUCAAAGGCUCCGCGGAAAGAAAUUCCCCAUCGCCCAGCUCGCUCGCCAGCAGCGACUCGGGAAACACGGAUGAGAUUCAAGACGACUUUGACAGAGAAGCAGAUGUGGAGCCCAUGGUCAGCUGAUGAACACCCGGAGCGUGGGGCGCAGGGGUUUUGGGGGGUGGGUGGGUUUGGCGGGACAGGGAGAACAGAAAACUUUAAAAAGGGGAAAAAAAAAAACUGGACAAAAGUUGAAACCUUGCAGCAUGGGUGAUCUAGGACUUUUGCGUCCUCGGCCGGCGUUCCCGGAGGCUCGGCCUCCCGCGUCAUCUCAGGAUUGGUGCUGUGAAAACUUUUGUACUGUUCCGUCAACGACAAAUGUGACAAAAACAAACAAAAAACCACUGCAGUUUUACCUGUGCCUUCGCCCCCAGGCUGUGGGCCCAACCGAGCUCCUACGGCACGUCCACCUGCUUCGGACAGACGGCAAGCUCCUGGGGAAGGGUGCCUCUGGCGUGUGUGGGUGGGAACUUCAGAGGCUCCAGGCCCAAGGUCCGUCCUUUGGCUGCCCAGGGUGGCCAACCCAGAGAGCCUGGGAGGGUAAGGCCAGAGCCAGGGCAAGGCCAGAAGGACCACAGGGUGAGAAGGUCGCAGUUUUUAACUACUAUGCAAAACAAAAAAACAAAAAAAAGCAAAAGUGCUUUGCUUGCCUUAUUUCCGCAGCACGUUUGGGCCUCUGCUGGGCUCGGGUUCCUCUCCCGAGUGCCCUGGCGGUUUGGCACCCCUGGUCUGGGAGGGGGUGUGGCUUGUCCGGUUCUGCUUUGUGAAGGUCUCUCUGCCGCCUUGGCAUGGGUGGAGGGCUGUGUCUGUGUUUUUUCUGCUGCUUCCCCGAGUGCCGGGCGCGUGUUCCUGGGCUCGGGGGCUUCAAGAGAUGAGGAGGGAAGCCAUGGGUGGGUGCCCGCAGGCUGGGGAGCCCCCCCUCCCCCAAUUCAGGACUCUGGCAGCUGCCUGGCACCCGAGAUGCCCUCGUGUGUUUCCGUUCCAUUGACGCUAAGUAUUCUCUGGGGAGGAAAGGUGUGUGUGUGUGUGUGUACGUACCAUUUAGGAGAUUUUUAGGAGAUACCAUUUUGGCACGCAACUGGAAAGGGAAGCAAUGCCCUCUCUUAACCCCCCUCCCCUUUUUCUUUCACUGUCUCUUGCGGCAUCCGACCGGCUGGCCAAUUAAUUGCUUGGCGUCUGUGGGCGGCUGGCUUUUGGUGUGAAUGGUGGCAGAAGGAGGGUCGGUUGGGGAGACCCUCAUCCACACCCAAGGCCAGCUGGCAGCCCCCUUCCAACUGAGCCCACUCCUCUUGUUCUGUGCUGAUACCUGUUCAAGAAGGAGGGGUGUGGUUUCUGUCUUGGGGGAGAGAGAGAGAGAGACAGAGACACCCCUUUGGUGAUGGGCAGCUUAAGGGUACUUCCCACCCCUCACAAAACCUUCACACACACACCCCUCAGUUCCUUGAACGUUUUUAAACCCUUCACUAUUUUUCCCCCCUAGCCAAAGUUGCAUCCUUUUCAUUUCUUAAAAGCCAACCUCCCCCCUACCACUAUUACUGUUUUUAAUUAUUUUUGUUUGUGUGGUUGCAAGGGUCGAUACUGUACUCGGUACUUCCGUAAAAAGCCUGCCUCGAGGUCACUGAGCCGGGAGUGUAAUUUGGGCCGCUUUAAUUGGCGGCUUUGGCGAAAGACCUGAAUUACCGUACUUACUUACGCCUCUCCCAGCUUUUGCCCUCUUGAACAUCUGUCGGAUUUCACAGUUAUUUAGCUGCCCGGUGGUUACCGUCGCCGCAAAAAAAUCUGACCGCUUGCGGAUUCUUUCUCUCUCUCUCUCCCCCCCCUGUUUCCUUGUUGCUCGAUCGUGCCUGUUAUUGUUUUACUUCUGAACGCACAAGCCUGGUUUGUAUGUAAGCUUUUAAACUGAUCACGUGUGAAUAAGGGGGUCGGAGGAGGUGAGCACGGCCCUUGCUGGGUUGGUGGGGGAGAAGGUUUCCUCGGUGAGGAAGGGACUGUCCUUUGGCGUAGGGGGACGCAAGGACAGUUCAUUCUAGCUGGAACAAGGUGGCCCCUGCAUCACUAUCCAUGGAGGAGGGUGCCCCCCCCCCAAAAAAUUAAGACGGCGGCUGCACAAUCCAAUCCUCACCCCCUCUUUUACCCGCAUGGGGUGGAGAACAUGUCCAGCCUCCGUCUUGGCUCUUUUUGAAUGGCGUGGGCACUCGUCACAGAGAAGUUGUGGGUUUUUUUGUUUGUAGGUGUCGAAGGGAAAUGGGGGAAAAAAUGGGGAUAAAGUUAGGACGAUACGGGAUGGUUAAUGGUAAAGGCAGCGAUCACCAAUAUUAUAUUCAGGCUGUCAUUAAGGGGUUGUGGUUUUUUUGUGUGUGUUUGUUUUCACUGCUUGGAAACUCGGGGAGACUGCCCCAAGCAAGACGUAAUUGUGGUCAGUUAAAUGUCCACCAUGGCUUCACUCGGGGCGCGUUGGCGUAGACGGUGCUGACACAGCAGGCAGGCAGGGAGUGUGUUAAGGGUCUCUGCGGGCGAUUUUGGAAAAGGGGGGGACAAAAAUAAUAAUAUUGGUGGGGGGCUGCAGGGCCUACUUUCAAUUCCUUCCUUUCUCUCUCCCCUCCUUCCCCUUUCCGUAUGGCUGUAAAUACUUUCUUUUUGUAUUCCUAAGGCCGUGUCCAAGCGACACUUUUUAACGACUUUAACCAAUCUCUCGUGGGUUUUUAAAGGCAGGUGGGGGGGAGGAGGGAGGGUGGAAGCUAACAAUUUUCCUUCGCUUGUUAGCCAGGGCGAUGAUGGCGGUCCGUCCCAAUUCCUAAGCAAACUGGGUUUGUACAAAAUUUGGGCCGAAGCCUUUGCCGACUUCGUCGAAUGCAUGGUGUUUAAAAGGAAGGGGGAGGGGAAAAAAAAAAAGAAUAAAAUGUCCAAAGAAACCGUGUCUCGUUUCCAGGAUUGUAUAAUUUAAUUGUAGCUCAAGCCAUGAUGAGGACGCAAGUCCCGUUUCUGAAAUUUUUAAGCCUCCUGAGUCCUGUGAUAUUCCCUAAACUGAGAUCACCUAUUCCCGUGAUGGCGAACCUAUGGCACGCGUGCCAGAGGUUGCACACAGAGCCCUCUCUGUGGGUACAUGUGCUGUCUCCAGCUGCUUUUCUGGUUUCCAGUGCACAUGCUGGUCUUCACGGGCGCCCGAGUGCCUGAAAACGGCCCAAAAAAUGCCCCCAAACCAGGCCAUUUUUCAGGCCAUUUUCUGGCUGUUUUUUUGGGCUGUUUUCAGGCCCUUUUUGGCUUGAAAAACGGCCCUAAAAAUGGCCAAAAACACGUGUGCGCCGGCCAGCUGGUUUUUGGGUUUCCAGCACUCCGGAGGCGCACAUGAAUGUGCGUUCUGGUUUGGGCACUCGGUGCCGAAAAGGUUCGCCAUCACUGACCUAUUCCUUAAAAUCAGUCAUCACAUACCUUUGUCCAUUGCACAGCACGCAAGGGAAAUGAUUUGGGAAGCGGAGACUCCGUCCUCCCCUCCUGGAUCCAGGACGUCUCCCCAAAAAAGUCCAGUGGUCCAGGGGAAAAUGACUCAAAAGCCAAAUUCAGCCUUGUCACCCCUUGGGAAAUGGCGUAGCGGAACGGAGCGGUUUGUGGAAUCUUACUUUAGGCUGGGAUAAGUCGACAUUUUCUGCAGAGCUGCUUUUAAGACCAAAAACGGUGUUUUUAUCAUUUUAAAACGGAGGCGGGCUGGGAUUUCCACGGUUUUUUUUGGGGUGGGGCGCGUGCGAAGGAACGAAGGUGGGGGAAGGAAGAGGAGGACGAUUCAAGAGCAAUAGUUUUGUCACCCCCCCCCAAACCUUAUUCCACUUUCUCGAGGUCGCCCGAGUCGUCUUUGAUAAUUAUAAAAAAGCCAAACUGUUCGGAAUGGAAAUGUUUACGGUGUUGUACAUAUUGUGCUUUCUAUUCUGUAUAUCGGUCUGUUUUCAAGGGGAGGGGGGGCUUUGGGGGAGGGGGGUAACCAGAGGUCAUGUAUUUGUGCACUUGCCAGGAGAACCGUUUGUUGUUAAAGCUUGCUCCAAAGGGGGGGUGUGUGGGUGGUGGUUUUUCCCCUUUUUCCCUCCCACCUUAAAAUUUGAGAAAUUGGGACUUCUCUAGGACCCUUCUAGGUAGUGGGUUUCCACAAGCCCCCUCCCCACUCACCCCCUCACCCCUCUCACCUGUGCCAAACCUUCCAUACGCAUUGAGCCAACCUGUCCCCUCCCACCCCCAACGUGUGACACGCUCACUCCCUGUUCCACAUUGGGAUAAUCCCCCCCCCCCCCAAAAAAAGUUGCCCUCUCGAAGAAGGGACUUCUGUGGUCGGAUCCUCCUUUAACCUCCUCUCUCUCUCUCUCCUCCCCCCCCUCCGGAUUCUCCGUUAAGAAGGGUGGUGGGGUUUCUCUCUGGUCGCCCCCUCUGGGGGGUUUCAUAUGGACAAUGUACCAAACGGGUUUGUCUGCGAAUCAGGGAUGUUCUCGAAGCUUCUCGGUGGGGCUGGGAAAACGGGGUACAGUGGUGGUUGGGGUUUUUUUUUUUGUUUCGGAAGAAGAAACCCCCCCUGACAAUAAAUGCCAAAAUUUCUGGUUACUAAA